AUGCAGCUACGCACUCUGCUUUCCGUGGCUUUGGCCGCGACCCUUGCGCAAUGUGCCUCCCUGGUUGAGGUCAUGAGUUUCGGCGACAAUCCCACCGAUAUUCAGAUGUACAUAUACGUCCCGGACCAAGUAGCUACCAACCCCGCUGUCGUCGUGGCUCUUCAUCCAUGCGGCGUUACGGGCCAGCAGUGGUUUUCAGCCACCGAACUGCCGUCUUAUGCCGACUCGAACGGCUUCAUCCUGGUCUACCCGGCCACCACCCACUUGAGCAACUGCUGGGACGGGUUGAACAAUGCAGCGUCCCUCACCCACGGGCAAGGCGGUGACGCGAAGGGCAUCAUCAGCGAGGUCAACUACACAUUAUCAACAUACCAGGGCGACGCAAGCAAAGUCUACGUGAUGGGCGGUUCAUCCGGCGCCAUGAUGACCAACGUGAUGGCCGGCAGUUACCCCGACGUCUUCGAGGCCGGAGCCGCCUACUCCGGCGUAGCAGACGCAUGCUUCGCCGGGACCGAAAGUGCGACCCCCGCCUCAGCCAACCAGACAUGCGCCCAAGGUCUGUCUCACACGCCGGAAGAAUGGGGCAACUUUGUCCGCAACUCGUACCCGGGCUACACGGGCAGAAGGCCACGCAUGAUGAUCGUCCACGGGCUUGCCGAUACCCUCGUAUAUCCGGCGGCGGCGGCCGAGGCGCUCAAGCAGUGGUCGAAUGUGCUGGAUGUGCCCUGGAGCAAGAAUGUCACUGGAAACCCGUCGGCGGAGUACACACAGGAGGUCUACGGUGAUGGCACCCAGCUGCAGGGCUUCUUUGGUGAGGGCGUUGGUCACAUUGCUCCCCCCAACGUGCCGGUGAUGCUCAAGUUCUUUGGCCUCAUCGCCUGA